CUUCAAUUAGAGGCGCUGCUGUCAAGCAUUCGUUCCAACGUCACCUUGUGCCAGUACAGAGGCGGCUGGAAAGAUGGCGAUGGUGGUUGUCAGCUGACCUUUUCAGACUUGCAACGCAUUAUCAGCCUCUCGGAGAACAGCGCUGAGCGCCUACAUUAUUUCAAGCAGCGGAUGAAGCAGGCAAGGCGUUUCGGAGACGCUUUCUAUGAGAUUCUGCAGAUUAUCGCCAUGGAAAGCCAGAUGAACGGCUUUAGGAAAGCAGCAGACUACGUCAUGCAUUCUUACGAAUGGCCGACGUUCAAGGCCGAUACGGAAGCAUUUUGGAACAAACUGCUGCCGCUCUACCAGCGUAUGCAUCGUCUGGUGCGAAAGAGGCUGACGAGAAAGUACGGCUCUAAACGCGUGUCUCCGACUGGUCCCAUAGACGUUCACCUACUGGGCGUGCAGGGUUACUUGACAAGCAAUGCGGCAGAUUUGACAGACCCUUUGACGGCAUCGACGUGGAACGCUGAAAACUCUCCUGUGAACUCGAAGUCCCAAAACUUCAACGCAUUGAACGCGUUCAAAGAGGCGGAGUACUUCUACGUCUCUCUGGGGCUGCCACAGCUGCCUAAGAGUGUUUGGGCGAAGUCUUUGAUUAAAACGUCAUCGUCGAGGGAUGCCGAGGUCUCGUGCGAGGCGUCUGCUUGGGACUUUUGCGAUGGACAAGAUUACAGGGUCAAGAUGUGCACCGAAGCAACUGUCAGUGGCCUUGGAACGGUGUUCCACGAGAUGGGACACGUUUAUUACUUCAUGCUGUACGCGCACCUGCCGCAUGUCUUUCGGACAGGAGCAAACGAAGCAUUCCACGAAGCUGUUGCAGACGCUCUGUCAUGGUUGGCCAUUCAAUCUAGACGACUUCGAGAACAUCUCAGAUUUGGAGUAAUAGAUGCCGCUGCGGAGACACACCACCUACUGGCACGCGCCUUCGACCACGUGGGACAACUGUUUCAUGGAAUCGCAACUAGCAAGUGGAUGUGGACAGUGCUGGACGAACCUGUAAGCCGCGAGCGUAUGGACUCACUAUACUGGGAUAUGAGAGUUAGAUACGAAGGAAUCCGUUCGCCACCGGAUAUCCAGACGAGCAGUUUCCGCUCACCUGCGGAUUAUGAUUUUCGCGCACACAUGAACCGAAUCAGGUCUAUGUGCAGCCUGGUCGUGCAGAUGCAAAUAGUCAAGUACCUGUGCGUAGGAGCGAAUCACACGGGCCGACUGCACGAAUGCGACAUUUUCGGCUCUAAAGAAGCAGGCAGACGUCUCACGUCAAUUCUUAAGCAUGGAUCAUCAAAGCCCUUGGCGGAUAUUAUGGAAAUGAUCAGUGAAGGUCAGCAUAAAACUAUGGAUGCCUCGGCUACUCUCGAAUACUUCCUUCCCGUGAUGGAGUGGCUGCAGGAUGAUUCCUGAAAGCUACGUCGGAUGGGGUCAACACCGGUAGUACUGGUGCCUCUCUGCGUUUUCAUCCGCCUCUGCCCAUUGUACGUAAAAUGGGUCAGUGAUAUCACUCGGUCGUGCGAUCUGAUAGCUUUCUACGUGACGUCAUCGGAAACACCUGAAUCAUGCCACUCCAAUCAGUUUUUUUUUUUGAGAGUAUAUGUAUGCAGAUCAAUUUGUGUAGAAUUGAAACCCUUUAGAAACAUGUAAAACAAACCUCAAAAAA